UGUGGGCGUACUCUGGACUAUACACGUCAGUCUCCUGUGUCCUUUGUUAGUGAGACACUUGUGACACACACCUGUCUGCUCACAACAGCUCUUCGCUCGUUUUAAAAAAUAAGAUGCAGAAGUGGGUUGUGAUCUGUUUGACCCUUGUGGCCCUGGCUGCUGCCGACGAGUGUCCAGAUGGACGACAAUGUGAAAAAGGUCAAACCUGCUGCAACGACCCCGCAAACGGAUACGAGUGCUGCCCCUUUGAACAGGCUGAAUGCUGUGCAGAUCACACUCAUUGCUGUCCUGCGGGCACAGUCUGCAAUUCAGGCAAAUCCAGCUGUGUGAACUCCACAGUGUCCAUCCCAUGGGUGGAAAGAGCCAAUGUUGAGCUGCCGAAACGCUCCAAAUCCUUCAGAAUGAUCAAGCCAUACAUGGGGGAGGACGAAGACAACAUCUGUCCUGAUCAGUCACGAUGCCCUCCCGAGUUUUCAUGUCUGACGGCCUUGAGAGGGUUUGGCUGUUGCCCUAUAGCUCAGGGAGUCCCCUGCUCGGAUGGAAAACACUGCUGUCCAGUGGGUCGCCACUGCAGCGCAGACAGCCGCUCCUGCACCAGACAAGCAGAGCCUGUGACGACUGUUUUGUGCAGCGAUGGCGUGUCAGAGUGUCCACUUCAAACCACCUGCUGCGAAAGUCCAGAGGGCAAGUGGGGAUGCUGCCCUAUGCCGAAGGCUGUGUGCUGUGAGGACAAGCUGCACUGCUGCCCUGAAGGGACAUCAUGUGAUGUCCAAAACAGCAAAUGUAUUUCUUUAAACACCAAAAAUGAGACGCCGAUGUGGGCCAAACUCCCAGCCCGCAUAAGAGCAGAGUGGGAAAUCAAGAAAGAAGCUGGUCAAGUGAGAGCUGCAGAAAAAUCCCCCGAAGUCAUGGCAGUGAAGAAAGUUCCCCCUUCACAGCAGGAAGGAUCUGUGUCAUCUGUCACUAAGGAGAAUAAAGGUAACGACGUCCCCUGCAACGACACAGUCGCAUGUGAAGACGGCACCACAUGCUGUAAGACCAAAGAUGGCGGCUGGGCAUGCUGUCCUUUGCCAGAGGCUGUUUGCUGUGACGACUUCAUACACUGCUGCCCGAAAGGUUCGACAUGCGACCUACCUGCACAGAGCUGUGACGAAGGCACGCGCUCUGUGCCGUGGUUGGAGAAGAAACCUGCUCAAGCCAGACAGAGUGUAAAGGUGGAGGACGUUCCGUGUGACUCCGCCACCAGUUGUCCAGACAACACCACAUGCUGUAAAACCAAAGAAGGGGGCUGGGCGUGCUGUCCUAUACCAGAGGCUGUUUGCUGUGACGAUUUCAUACACUGCUGUCCAAAAGGUAUGACAUGUGACGUGCCUGCACAGAGCUGUGACGAAGGCACGUACUCUGUGCCGUGGUUGGAGAAGAAACCUGCUGUGACCAGACAGAGUGUACAGGUGGAGGACGUCCCAUGUGACUCCGCCACCAGUUGUCCAGACACCACCACAUGCUGUAAAACCAAAGAUGGCGGCUGGGCGUGCUGUCCGCUACCAGAGGCUGUUUGCUGUGACGACUUCAUACACUGCUGCCCGAAAGGUUCGACAUGCGACCUACCUGCACAGAGCUGUGACGAUGGCACGCACUCUGUGCCGUGGUUGGAGAAAAAACCUGCUCUCACCAGACAGAGCGUAAAGGUGGAGGACGUCCCAUGUGACUCCGCCACCAGUUGUCCAGACAACACAACAUGCUGUAAAACCAAAGAAGGGGGCUGGGCUUGCUGUCCUAUACCAGAGGCGGUGUGCUGCGACGACCACGAACACUGCUGCCCCGCUGGCACCACCUGUGACCUGGCCACCCUCAGCUGUAAGGAGUCCUCUGGCAGUGGCUCCACCACACCCAUGAAAAAGAAGUUGCCCGCAUUCGUGACACCGGCCCCGACCACAGCGGUCACUACGAGCACGGGUCAGGGAACAAACACGAUGCAAACAGAAGAGAAGGAGGAGGAAGAAGUCAGGAACCAGUGUGACACCCACACCAGCUGCCCUAAAUUCACCACCUGCUGCUUCAUGGCUUCGUCUCAGUCAUGGGGCUGUUGCCCUCUGCCGGAGGCGGUGUGCUGCACCGACGGGAGUUUCUGCUGCCCCGCCCAGUACACGUGCAAUGAGGGUAAGAGGUCCUGCGUUAAAGGAGAAGUGGUGAUCCCGUGGUACACGAAGCUUCCAGCCACCACCACCUCCAUCGUCAGCGUCGAGGCCGAUCGCAACUCGGUGCAGUGUGACGUUCUAAACAAGUGUCCUGAGCGCAGCACCUGCUGCCGCCUGUUCACAGGCGCGUGGGGCUGCUGUCCACUGCAGAAUGCUGUGUGCUGCACUGAUAAGGAGCACUGCUGCCCUCAGGGCUUCCACUGUAACAUCGUCUCCAAGUCGUGUCAGAGGCUCGCCAUGCUGCAGCUGGAGACGGUGCCACUGACGCCGGUGUAUCUGCUGGAGCAACCGCACAGAGCCGGCCCUUCACGAGACAGAGACAUCCAGUGUGACGGCCAGACCAGCUGCACGGACAUGGAGACGUGCUGCAGGACGUCGGCUACGUCGUGGGCCUGCUGUCCUGCUCCCAAUGCGGUUUGUUGCAGCGACAUGAAGCACUGCUGUCCCAGUGGCUACACCUGCACGACCACUGGCUCCUGCACCCAGAACAUGGGCCUCCUGUGGCGCGACUGGAACAUGUUCCUCGCCAACAAAAAGAGAGCUCUGAUUGUCUGAAAACCUCGCCUCCUCCCCUCCCCCGCUCUGAUUCAGCAUAUGUUGCACUAAUGGUAGAUCAUUUAAAAGUGUUGUUGUUGUUUUUAAUAUUUUUGUAGGUAAACAAUGAAGGGAAAAUUAAUUUCACUUGAGGUGAGGAUCUUUCUGUCUGAUAUCAAGUUCACAAGACCAGAACUCAUUUUGAAAAUGAUCCACAUUAAAGGUCCAGUGUGUGAGAAUUAGUGACACCUAGUGGUGAGAUUGCAGAGUGCAAUAAUGUCAUUUUCUUUAUAUUGGCGUAGUUCUCGUUCUCUUUAACCCUUCUAUGACCAUCAUGAUAUAUAUUUAUUUAGAUUUUAUGACUGUAGAAUUGUGAAAAGGUAACCUUCACUAUCUAACCCACAUAUCGUA